AUGUCUGAGACAAAUGGAACGCCUAACCGACGUCGAGCCCGAGACGAGGACAACAACAACAACAACAAUGUCGAAGAUAGUGAAGGAAGAACUAGGAAACGAAGGGCCUUUCUCCAGACUAUGGGCCAACAGCUCCGUGAGUUUGGUGUAGAAGGGACAAGCCCACAGGAUCUCAACCGCAAUACGUUCGGCGCAAGUCCCGGAACUCGUGCCCAACCCGGAUUUCGUUCAACAAACACAGCAGCUAACCAGACCAUGGUUGGGAAUGUACAGACUCCCGAAAGCGAUGCAGCACCUGGAGAGGAUGAUCAACUUCCGGCCGGUGCUGCCAAAAGUGCAUCAAAAUGGCUCUGGACCAUUAACGAGGUGCUUCCACCGUCUGUGGCAGGGAAUGCAUCGUCAUUAAGCUUCGAGGACCUCCUUGAUAUGAGUCAAAGCUAUUUCGAUCUUUGGCAUCCGGCGUUCCCAUUCAUAAAUGCACCUUCUCUCAUUGAUUACAUACGUCGCAUUACCCAAACAGGCCUACAGUUACCCUCAUCAUCGCCAUCAGACAGCUUUUACAACAUCAUCCUACGAUCAGUUAUGUCUAUUUCUGUCGCCGAUCGGAGACAGAUGCAAGCUUCGCGCAAGGUUCUGCCCUCUGCCCUCAUCUUUCAUUCCUUCAACGAUGCUAUCACCAGUAUUCAGCUGGUGCUAACCGAGGAGAGUUCAAUACUAUCGCUCCAAGCCCUCAUGUCCACAUCGAACAACUUCAGUAGUGGACAAAGAGAGCGCAUUACAUACAUAUGCAUCCGCCUAGGGACACCUCUUGGCAUACGGUCCGACGAAAUGGAUGUAUGCUUCCCGCAUGACGAACGCCACAACGCUCGUGAAGAUCAAGGAGUUCAGGAGGCACACCCUAAUGGUUUGGUUCCAGAGCGUGAUGACCGCCUCAAUCUACUGGAGUUCCUAGCGCGACACGCAAGCAUACGGGGUGCCAUAAUGGAAAAUCGGAACAAAUCGGCUCUCAAAGAUGAUUACAAUGAAGCCGAUAAAACUCUGGAGGUUGAAGCGGAGCACAACAGGUGGUGGAACACAGUGGAUGAGUAUCUCUCCGAUGAUGAAGGAGCACAAAGCAUUACCAAAGCACAUCAAGUCACAUUGAUUGUGCUACGCUUCGAAUCCGUACUUGCACUUCAUCGCUCUGUACUCGCCACAUCAAAGAAGAACUCCGCGUACAAUGCUGCACUCCAAAGAUGCAUUUCGGCCUCGAGGUCCAUCAUCAACACGUUACACAAAGCACUCAGAGGGUUCGGCGCUUUUGACGGCUCACCGGGCCAGAAUGGAUACGAAAGCACACCACUUGUAUGGCCUUCUUUCACCUGGGCUGUGUGGAUGAGUGUGUUCAUCGUCGUAUUCGCUGCUUCUGAAGGACAGUUUGCGCGUGAUACAGCGCUGCGCCUUGCGGAUCGAAGUGUGCAAAUACUCCAGCAUCUUGCAUUGAGAGGGACAAGUUGGCCCGAAGCUUGUAUCACUGCCGUACAAAAUCUCACAGCACGGCUACGUGAAGGAUCCACAUGGAGCUCUACAGUUGCGCCAGCGCCUGCACCAGAGCGAAGGGACACCACAAGCACAUCGUCGGUCCAUAUGCAGAAUAGGAGUGCAAGCCGUAGUCGAGGUAACUUUCCAGGCUUAUCAGGACACAUCACACCCCGAAAUACCAUGAUGCCACCAGGGCCACCUCAAAUUUCCCCAAGUGUUCCAGCACCUACGUCUCAGGAUAUGACCAAUAGCGACGCAUACAGCCUCCUCAAUCCCUUUGCACCUUUGCAAGCUCCAGGUAUGGGAAACGCGGCGAGUGCAUAUCUGAGCGGUGCAGGCACGUUUCUUGGAAUUGCACAGCAGUCAUCCGAUAAUCCCAUGCCGAAUGAUGAUAUUGUGCAUCUAUUCAAUGGCGAAGACAUGGGGUUCUGGUCUGGCGGAAAUCUUGGCUAUGGUGGAAACUUCGCUUUUCAAGAUUAA